UAGCAGUCAUCAGUCGUCCAAAACCCACUCAACAGCACCAGCUUCUUUAUCCUUCUGCAAACCGGAAUAAAAUCCAGAAAUCACCAUGAAUUUCUACAAGAUCUUCGUUUUCAUCGCACUCAUUCUGGCUAUCAGCUUGGGACAAUCUGACGCAGGCUGGCUGAAAAAAAUUGGAAAGAAAAUCGAACGCGUUGGUCAGCACACUAGGGAUGCCACAAUCCAGGGUCUGGGAAUCGCCCAACAGGCAGCCAAUGUUGCAGCAACUGCUCGCGGUUGAAGACGAUAAUAACCUAUUGAUAUAUAUUUAAGUCUUAUUUAUUGAUUAAUCCUAAUAAAGAAAACUUUAUGAAAA